CUCUUUCCCUAUUCAUUUUCACCCAACUCACUCUUCCGGUACAAUGGUGGCGGCGUUACUGUCAGAUCUAGCCACGGAGGUUAUUAUUCCGGUAUGCGCCGUCAUCGGUAUUCUUUUCUCUUUGAUCCAAUGGGUCUUGGUUUCACGGGUCAAGCUCACACCCGACCGUAACGGACCCUCAUCCAACAACAAGAAUGGGUUCAGUGAUUCUUUGAUUGAAGAAGAGGAAGGUGUUAAUGAGCAUAAUGUCGUCGCUAAAUGUGCUGAGAUUCAGAAUGCUAUUUCUGAAGGUGCAACAUCCUUCUUAUUCACCGAGUAUCAAUACGUGGGCAUUUUCAUGGUUGUUUUCGCAAUCUUGAUCUUUCUAUUUCUGGGUUCUGUCGAGGGAUUCAGCACAAAAACUCAACAAUGCACGUACGAUGUUCACCGAAUGUGCAAACCCGCACUCGCUACCGCUUUAUUCAGCACCGUAUCCUUCUUACUAGGAGCCAUUACAUCCGUCCUCUCGGGUUUUCUCGGUAUGAAAAUCGCCACAUAUGCAAACGCAAGAACGACGCUAGAAGCAAGAAAAAGCGUCGGGAAAGCGUUUAUUAUCGCGUUUAGAUCCGGUGCUGUUAUGGGUUUUCUUCUAGCUGCAAAUGGGCUUUUGGUUCUUUACCUUACUAUUAAUCUGUUUAAGUUAUAUUAUGGUGAUGACUGGGAAGGUCUGUUUGAAGCGAUAACCGGUUACGGGCUCGGUGGAUCAUCGAUGGCUCUGUUCGGAAGAGUUGGUGGUGGUAUUUAUACGAAAGCCGCUGAUGUAGGCGCCGACCUCGUUGGUAAGGUCGAACGGAACAUUCCAGAAGAUGAUCCUAGAAACCCUGCUGUAAUUGCUGAUAACGUCGGGGACAAUGUCGGUGACAUUGCGGGAAUGGGAUCUGAUCUAUUCGGUUCUUACGCAGAGUCAUCAUGUGCUGCACUUGUGGUCGCUUCAAUUUCUUCUUUCGGAAUCAACCACGAGUUCACCGCAAUGUGCUACCCGUUGCUUGUGAGCUCAAUCGGUAUUAUUGUUUGCUUGAUAACCACACUUUUCGCCACUGACUUUUACGAAGUCAAAGCUGUUAAAGACAUCGAGCCAUCACUAAAGAACCAGCUUAUAAUUUCUACUGUCCUUAUGACCAUUGGAAUCGCAAUUGUUAGUUUUAUCGCACUGCCUUCGUCUUUCACCAUUUACAACUUUGGUGUACAGAAAGUUGUACAUAACUGGCAACUUUUCUUGUGCGUGUGUGUUGGUCUUUGGGCUGGACUUAUCAUCGGUUUUGUGACCGAGUAUUACACCAGCAAUGCAUAUAGCCCGGUGCAAGACGUUGCUGAUUCAUGUAGAACCGGAGCUGCAACAAAUGUUAUAUUCGGGCUUGCGUUGGGAUACAAAUCUGUUAUUAUUCCAAUUUUUGCAAUAGCUAUCAGCAUUUUUGUGAGCUUUAGCUUUGCAGCCAUGUACGGGAUUGCGGUUGCUGCUCUUGGAAUGCUGAGCACCAUUGCUACCGGUCUAGCUAUCGAUGCUUACGGUCCGAUCAGUGACAAUGCUGGCGGCAUUGCUGAGAUGGCGGGCAUGAGCCAUCGCAUCCGUGAGCGGACCGAUGCACUUGAUGCUGCUGGAAACACCACUGCUGCCAUCGGAAAGGGAUUCGCUAUCGGCUCAGCCGCACUCGUUUCACUAGCACUGUUCGGUGCAUUUGUGAGCCGCGCAGGGAUUCAAGUGGUCGACGUUUUGACACCGAAAGUGUUCAUCGGUCUAAUCGUCGGUGCCAUGCUUCCGUACUGGUUUUCAGCCAUGACAAUGAAAAGUGUCGGCAGCGCCGCGUUGAAAAUGGUGGAGGAAGUUCGACGACAAUUCAACACCAUCCCUGGUCUAAUGGAAGGCCUUACGAAACCCGAUUACGCUACAUGCGUGAAAAUCUCCACUGAUGCAUCUAUUAAGGAGAUGAUUCCACCUGGCGCUCUUGUCAUGCUGACUCCUCUUAUCGUCGGGACUUUUUUUGGUGUCGAGACUCUUUCGGGUGUUCUCGCUGGUUCUCUCGUUUCGGGUGUCCAGGUGGCGAUUUCUGCGUCGAACACCGGUGGUGCAUGGGACAAUGCCAAGAAGUACAUUGAGGCCGGUGCUUCAGAGCAUGCAAGGACCCUCGGACCAAAAGGGUCUGAACCACAUAAGGCUGCGGUGAUAGGCGACACCAUUGGGGACCCGCUGAAGGACACCUCGGGCCCAUCUCUCAACAUUCUGAUCAAGCUCAUGGCUGUAGAGUCGCUUGUGUUCGCUCCCUUCUUUGCUGCUCAUGGCGGUUUGCUUUUCAAGCUUUAAGGGUGAAGAUAUCUUUUGUAGCCGUGUAUGAUUCGACUAUAUGUCUUAGAUUCGCUCUUAUUUUGCUCUCUGUUUUAGGGGUAGUUGCGACGUUGAGUAGUGUUUUUUUUAAGAGAACGGUGAUGAAUGUGAUUCGAUCAUGAGAAGAGAGUAGUUAAUUUUAGAGCAGGCAAAUGUGUCGUGAUGUAUUAUUAAGCGCGUCGCUAAGAAUUUUAUGGAUUGGACCUUUUUGUAACUUUUAAUUUAUGGCGUUAGUUAUAUCUAAUAAUUAUUAACCUG